GCAUAAAGGGGUUGGUUUUACAAGAAAUUCUUAUUCGUCCAAUUCUUCAGAAACAAAUACAUAUGGUAAUGUUGAUAUAAAUUGUAUUGGGAUAUAUUUAGAGAAGAGAAGAGAAGAGAAGAGAAGAAGAAUGAAUGAUUUGGCAGGUCCAUUGAUAGCUUCAAUAUUGUUCGCGUUUCUAUCGCCAGGGAUGAUAAUACAGAUGCCUGGAUCAGAACGCCCACUUGAGUUCAUGAACUUGAAGACAAGUUUUGCUUCUAUUUUUGUUCAUGCUGUUGUCUUUCUUCUUCUCCUUAUUUUGUUCCUUGUCAUGCUCAACCUCCAUAUUUACAUCUAGCUUUCCCUGCCUCUGCUCCAUCUCCAUCCAUCCACGUAAUAAUCUCUCUCUCUUUGAAUUAAUCUCAUAUGAUUUCUUUUCUUUUCUUUUUGUACAACCUUUCAUCUAAUGGAAAACUAUCUCAUGUUCUUCAUUAUCAA